AUGGAGCAUUCAAAUGGUGAAGCUGUCAGGUGUUGGUCCUGUUCAACAGACUUGGACCCCACCAAUCCAGACUGUGGCGACCCCUUCCUGCCAGGGCACACCACCAACACCGGCUACUCCCGGCUAGAGAACUGCGACGCUAACGCUGGAGCUACCUACCCCUACCUCACACAGUCGAAGACUGCUUGCAAAAAACAAAAGAAAAUUAUAAACGGUCAAUUGGUUAUUUCUCGUGGCUGCACCUGGAAGCGACAGGAAGACUACUCCACCACCUGCCCAGUUGCCUCUAACGGUCCAAACGAAGUCACCCUCUUCUGCGAAACCUGCGACUAUGAUGGUUGCAACGGAGCUGGUGCUAUUGGCAAGACCCUGGCGUUACUUCUUGUUCCAUUGAGCCUCGUUCUUUUUAAAUAA